UAAGCUCGAACAUCCGGGGAAAAGUGUUAUGGUUUGAGCUUCGGGUGUGAGUCACACCUUGUCCCAAAUCCUUUGCUUGCCUCUGUAAAUCAGUCGAAGGCCUAUCAUCGCCUUGGUAUUGGACUACCUUUCGAGGUGAUCAUCAUAGAUUAAACGUGACCGAUUUGCAGAAUGAUUCCAUUCUACAGCGUUGAUUAAUGCUUUAUAAUUUACAUCUAAAACACAUGCGACAUAGUGCUGUUAAUAUCUUUCUGUGAUCUUGUUUCCGAUGACGAAUUACUUUUCAGAGAGUGGAGUCCUCAUGAAGUUUGCUUAUUGAAGAGACCUAAGUGUGAUGCACUUGAACUUGUCGAUGUACUGCCCCUUCAGGAUUCUAUGUACUGCAGAAAAACUGUUGGAAUAAAUACUAAAACAACAUUAAUACUACAAGCGAUAAUACGCAUUAUUCAACAUCUUAAAGUUUGGAAUGUUUUGGCAGAUUCAAACUUGGAUUCUUUGAGCUCGUGACGAGUCCGCUGUAUAUUUUCAUCAUUCUAAGGUAUGCAUUUGGAGAUCGUCAUUCUAAGUUUUCUUGGAUAUUAACAUUAUUUCAGUUUUGUUCAGUUUGAAUAUUUCCUUGGAAUUCCUGCUGAAACUUCAUCUCGGAUUUAACAAAGAAAACACAUUUAUCAAUUUAUGGAUAAGUAUUUGAAACGAUGUCUAUAAAUAAUGAAAUAAAUGUAUUAUGAAUCAGAGGUGUCCCGGAAAAAAAAUCCCCGAUAUAUUACGGAAACGAUUAACUUCAGUCCAUUCUUAAUUGAUUGAUUAUUUUUCGUAAAGGAAAUUAUUACCAAGAUGACGACAUAUAACCGAUCACAAUCACAGCCUGGAUAUCGAUCAUCAUGGGUUGCUAGUCGACCAAUUCGAGAAUCACCCCUCUCGUCAUCACACAGGCAUUCAGCAGGUUCUCUUGGUGAAAGAUUAGAAGCCAGAGAUCGACAUGGUAGUUUAGGUCACUCGAGCAGGGAGUACGUUGGGUUCGCCACCCUCCCAGAACAGAUGCAGAGGAAAUCAGUAAAGAGAGGGUUCGAGUUCACUCUUAUGGUGGUUGGCGAAACUGGUCUUGGUAAAUCGACACUUGUCAACAGUCUUUUUCUCACUGAUCUUUAUAAGGAUAGAGCAUCGCUAAACGCAGAAGAGCGAAUAGAUAAAACAGUAGAGAUCCAAAGAUCAUCAAUAGACAUAGAAGAACAGGGUGUGAGAUUAAGACUUACAGUGGUUGAUACUCCUGGGUUUGGAGAUUCAGUUAACAGUGAAAACAGUUGGGGUCCAAUUAUCUCUCACAUAGAAAGUAAAUUCGAGCAGUAUUAUCGAGAUGAGAGCGGGCUGAACAGAAAGAAUCUAAUAGAUGACCGAAUUCAUUGCUGUCUUUAUUUCAUAUCACCGUAUGGCCAUGGAUUAAGACCGAUUGACAUUGAAUUCAUGAAAAGGCUGCAUGACAAAGUCAAUAUCGUGCCGAUCAUCGCAAAGGCAGACUGCCUCACCAAGGCUGAAGUUAAAAGAAUGAAAGACAGGGUAUUAAGAGAGAUAUCGCAACAUGAGAUAGGUAUCUACGCAUUCCCUGACUGUGAGUCGGACGAAGACGAGGAUUUCAAGAAACAAGAUCGAGAACUCAAGGCAAGCAUACCAUUUGCAGUCAUCGGUAGCAACACAGUGGUUGAAGUUAAUGGAAGAAGAGUGAGAGGAAGAUUAUAUCCUUGGGGUAUCACAGAAGUUGAAAAUCCAAAGCACUGUGAUUUCGUCAAGCUCAGGAACAUGCUAAUCAGGACACACAUGCAGGAUUUAAAGGAUGUAACACGUGAUGUUCAUUAUGAGAACUACCGUCUUGGCAGGAUAAGAGGAGGACGAGGGACCCAUCUAAACAGGGAAAGAAGCGAAAUUGACAGCAAACUCAAGCGGGACUCGGGUGUUUUCGACGAAGUCGCCGAAAAAGACCGAAUGCUGGAGCAAAAGGAGGCCGAACUCAGACAAAUGCAAGUCAUGUUGGAGAAAAUGCAACGCGAGAUGGCGGUAACACGGAGAAGUUCACGAGGGGCCGACCCCCUUUACGACGACAGGCGGUCGAGCACUGUCGAAGUAUGAUAAUUACAGUGUAAUAUUGUAUGUAAUAAUAAUUAUCAGGGGUGGCGCCAGAUUAUUCUGAUGGGGGAGGGGUUGAGAAUCUAAGGAUGACGUCAUUUUAAAUGAAAAUACAGGGUUAUAGCUCUGCGACCUAUUCGUUUUUCCUACUCUUUUCUUCCCAUCUUGAUAAUUUAGUCAUAAGGGACACCCUGCCCACUUGUGGCGUCGCCCCUGGUCCGAGUCGUAUCAUAUUGUGUAGUAUCAGGAAGAUUAUAUAGUUAUAUCAAUAUGUAUAUAAACGAAUUUUGUAAUGACUAUAUUAUGUGUAGAUAGAUCUUAUGUCAUAGGAAGUUUAUCAUAGGAAUGUGAAUAUAAUUUCUGUUUCAGAUAUUUCCAGUAUACAAAUGAUUUAUACGGACAAUGCAGAAGCCGGACUUUUGGUUUAUGAUUUUACUUAUCGGGUAUGUGCCCCAUAUACACCAACGAUAUCGACUCCAAACCGAUAGAUGGUAUGUCAUUGGUAAUAACGUAAUAG